GUCGAUUCUGACACGAUUCUUUAAACCUAAACUUAAAUUUGACAACAGCGUAUCCUUGUCAUUCUCUAUACGGAAUGAAAAGGAGAGAUUUAUGUUAAAUUUAGUUUUAAGUUACGCCAGAAUCGACACAAUUGUAUCCUUGUCAUUUUCUAUACAGAAUGAAAAUGAAAGACUGGUGCUAAGUUUAGAAAAUUAUGCCAGAAUUGACACCAAUUUAUCAAGAAUAAAAGGGCUGUGUGGACUCAGAAUCCCCUGCCCGUCCCAACAAGUAAAAAUACAUAGAUAAAAUAAAAUGUCUAUGUAAACAAACCUGUGGGAAGUCCGGUUUGGGUUUUUUUUUAGAUUAUUUGAUAAUUUUAUGUCACGAUAGAUAGGUAAUUUAUUAAACUAAAGAUGAGUUCUAAAAAAGGAAAACGUAACUUGGGGAACAAACACUUUCCGAUAGCUGAAUCUGUGAGUAUAGCUCUGAAGAUCCAGUUGGAUAAGUUUCUCAGUGAUGAAAAUGAAACAGAACUGAAAUUCCCAACAUUUCUGUCUGCCCAAGAGCGCGGUUUCAUACAUGAAACCGUCGCGAAGCUAGGCUUGAAAUCCAAGUCCCGUGGGAAAGGUGUAAAUCGCUAUAUAACAAUCUAUAAGCGUUCAGGGUCUACAAUUAUCCAAAAUGAUGCUAAAUUGAUAUUGGACUCAAACAUGAGAUGCACCAUUGCAGAGCUUUUUAAUGCCUUUCCAAUCACUAGCAAAGAGAAAGAUGACUUAAGUUGUUGCCCUGAAAAGGAAAGGAGUCCACAACUGGCUCACAAGACACUUGGACAGUUAAAUAACGGAGUUGCUCAGGUACCGAAUACAAUAUACAAUCCUGACCUUAUAAAGUUCAGGGAAAAGUUGCCAGUAUAUGAACAAAGGCAAGAGUUGCUCAAUGCUAUCACUCAUAAUCAGGUGAUAAUAGUUGCGGGUGCGACGGGGUGCGGUAAAACGACGCAAUUGCCGCAACUGGUGCUCGAACACUGCCAGGAGCAGCGGGUGCCGGCGCGCGUGUACUGCACGCAGCCGCGCCGCAUCUCCGCCGUGUCCGUCGCCGAGCGGGUGGCGUUCGAGCGCCAGGAGAAGAUCGGGCAAUCGGUGGGCUACCAGAUCCGGCUGGAGUCGCGCGUGAGCCCGCGCACCGUGCUCACAUACUGCACCAACGGGGUGCUGCUGCGGACGCUCAUGGCCGGCGACUCCUCGCUCACAGGUGUGUCACACAUAUUCGUGGACGAGGUGCACGAGCGAGACAAAUUCAGCGACUUCCUACUGAUAGCUUUACGAGACGCCCUGCCUCGGUUUAAGGAGCUCAAGCUGAUUCUAAUGUCGGCCACCUGCGACACGCAGAUAUUCUCCAGGUAUUUCAACAACUGUCCAGUGGUGACGAUCCCGGGCCGAUUACACGAAGUACAGCGGUUCUACCUGGAGGACAUCCUGCGCAUCACGCAGUACAAGACCAAGAAGAUGGUGCAGGUCGAGAAGGAGCUCAAGGCGAAGCUCAAGUCGGGCGGGGGGAGCUACUGGUCGCAUCUAGAAGCUCAAAAGUCGAACGCGACCGAAUCGGUUGCGUCGAACGGCGGCAAGGAUAAAGAAGUCGACAAAGAAAACACUAUGGAGCCCGCCAUGCAGGCAGACAUGGAUGAGUUCUUAGACGAUUGCUUCAAGGAGGGCAGUCUGGACUCGUUCUGCCAGAUCCUGUACAUGUACCUGUCUGAAGGGGCUCCUGUGGACGCGGCUCACUCCAGAACUAAACGCACCGGGCUCAUGGCCUCUACCAGGCAUGGACUGUCAGACACCGCCGCCAAUAUACUGCAUAUAGGCGCGGACCCAUUAGUGAAAGACGCGGAAGGCAAAACGGCAUACGACUACGCUAUAGAAUACGGUCACACAGAAUGUGCCCAGUUACUCGCCACGUUCCGUCCCGCGGCUCCGCCCGCGUUGGACGACGACGAAUUCCUCCUGGACGUCUACAAUCAUUCCGUACCCGAGGAGCUAGUAGACCACCAGUUAAUGCAUCAUUUGGUCAAACAUAUACAUUUGACAAUGCCCAAAGGUGCUAUCUUAGUCUUCAUGCCGGGUUACGACGAUAUUGUCGCUUUACGCGACUUGGUGCAAGCGGAUUCGGAAAUGGCCGCGGCGAAGUUUCAGACUUUCACUUUGCAUAGUAAUAUGCAGACUUUGGAUCAGAAGAAAGUUUUUAAUCCGUUGCCGAAUGCGCGUAAGGUUAUAAUAGCGACGAAUAUAGCGGAGACCUCUAUUACGAUUGAUGAUGUGGUGUACGUUGUGGAUUCGUGCAAGGUGAAGGAGAAAUACUACGAAUCAUCAGGGGGCGUUUGUUCUCUCCAACGCGUUUGGGCCGCGCGGUCGGGGCUGGCUCAGAGAGCGGGUCGCGCGGGGCGGUGCCGGCCGGGCCGCGCCUACCACGUGUGCAGUCGCCGCCGGGCCCGGGCCCUCCCCGCGCAACCGUUACCCGAAAUGCUCCGCGUGCCGCUACAAGAACUAUGUCUACACACCAAGCUGUUAGCCCCUGGGAAUACACCGAUCGCGGACUUCCUAGCUCGCGCCCUGGAACCCCCUUCUUUCCUAGCCGUCCGAAACGCAGUAGCUCUGCUCAAAACCAUCGGAGCUUUGACCCCUACGGAAGAUUUGACGGAGAUUGGCCAGCAUCUCCUAGAUUUGACGGUGGAGCCGAAGUUGGGGAAGAUGCUUCUGUACGCGUGUGCUAUGAAGUGCCUGGAUCCUAUAUUGACGAUUGUGUGUUGCCUGGCUAGUAAAGAACCGUUCACUAUGGCCACCAGCCCGGACAGUAGGCGAAGAGGCGCGGCCGCUAAGAGAGACUUUGCCGCUGAUAGCUUCUCGGAUCACAUGGCCUUGUUGCGGGCUUUCCAGGCGUGGCAGGCGGCGCGCGCUGCAGGCAUUCACGCGGAGCGAGCCUUCUGCGCGCGGCACCUGAUAUGUGCCGCCACCAUGGAGAUGGUGGGAGGGCACCGCGCCCAGCUGCUGGCCCAGCUGCGGGCGCUCGGGCUGGUGAAGGCGCGCGGACAUGGAGACAUCAAGGUACUGCCAGCGCGGCACCUGAUAUGUGCCGCCACCAUGGAGAUGGUGGGAGGGCACCGCGCCCAGCUGCUGGCCCAGCUGCGGGCGCUCGGGCUGGUGAAGGCGCGCGGACAUGGAGACAUCAAGGACGUAAACCUGAACUCGGAGCGUUGGUACGUGGCCAAAGGCGUGCUAGUGGGGGGGCUGUAUCCCGCCCUGGCGCGCGUCGACCGCGCCGCGGGGGGAGGGGGGGCCGGCCGGGAGGGGGGCGCGCUGAGGACAGCUCGCGAGGCACGAGUGGCGCUACACCCCGCCUCCACCCUGAGGGCACGUACCUUGCCCGCUGCAGCCGAUUGGGUUGCAUUCGAGGAGAUGUCUCGCGCUGGCCGAUUCUGUUUCGUCCGAUGCUGUACGCUAGUGACCGCUUUAACCGUCGCUCUAUUCGCGGGACCUUUGCGCCUCCCAGCCGCGGCAUUGACUCAACGCGCCAAUCCGCCCGGCUUAUCCAGCGAUAGCGACAGCGAUACCGGGGACACCGCCCCCGAUGCCGCCACCCUAACUCUAGACGACUGGAUAGCUUUCACAGCCGACGCUUCCGAUGCUAUAGCAGUCUACUAUCUGAGGCAGAAAUUGAGCGCGCUCAUAUUGCGCCGGAUGACCAAUCCGGCUAAACCGACGACGCCUUUGGACGAGCAGAUUCUAGCGGCCGUAGUUCAUGUGUUGGGGGCGGAGGAGAGAAAUGCGGGGUUGGGUCAGCCCCCAGGCGUGGGACAGCGUCCGAAACCGUUGGCGAUGGACCGCAUGCGUAUGGACGACGAUAAACAUGCGGGGGAUUUCGCGGCCGCUUUCGGUUUCCGGAGACCGGGGGUGGGGGUGUCCGGGUCGGGAGUAUCCGGGCCGGGGGUGGCGGGCACGUGGCGAUCUCCGGCCGCGUCGCCGGAUGCGCCCCCGGACGCGAGAUAUUUCAUAGUACGCGCCGAUGAUCCGCAUUCUGUUGAUGCGGCGCAUUCUACGGGUGUGUACCCGUUCGCGCCGAAUACUGCCAAGAAAUUACAGAAGGCGAAACAGGAGGGCGCUCGCGUAGUAGUAUUCUUCAGUUGCGCGAGCGCCAGCAAGCUGCUGGGCAGCGCCGCGCUAACGGACACGGGGCUAGAUUGGAUCUCCACGCAACACGUGCCUUUCCACUUGAUCAGACACGUGUGCAACUCGUUAGCGGGCGGGGCGCGGGUGGUGGGCGCGCGGGACGGCACCGAGGUAUGCGCGGGCGCCGCGCGCGGACUGCUGGCCCCCCCCGCGCCCCCCGCCCCAACCGCCCCACCAGCGCGAGGGAUGAUGGCCCCCCCCGCGGGACCCGCCGCGCGACGCCCGCGCCCACCCCGACCCAUACAUAAGCACGACCAGUGAACAACCACCACUCUCACGUACAUCACCCAGUUGCCCCGCCCCGCGUCCCUACGCCCCCCCCCCGCGUCCCUACGCCCCCCCC